CCUGCGCGGGGCGUUUCGUGCUGGGCCGGGUCGGACCGAGCCCAGGGUCGUCGAGAGGCUUUCUGGCUCCCGGAGCUGCCCGCAGGGCCUUGGUGACAGCUGGCGGGGACUGGACAGAGCCCCGGCCCUGUCGCCUGCCGCGCCAGUGACGCCCUCUGAGGGGCCGUGGUCUGAGGGGCAGCUUUGCUUGGUCCUUGGCCUCGGGCGCCCUAACCCGGGGCACGUGCCCAGGAUGCUGUUGGACCCCCUCUGGGUCUGGGGGCGGCUCGUGGAGCGUCUGCCGUGGGCUGCGGAGGGACCAGUGCUGAGGGCCCCGGCUCGGGCUGGGGGCGAAGAGGUCAUGCUCGAGUCUGGUUCUUUGUAGGGGGCAGACAGUGCAGACAGGAACGGGUUUGGACCUGAUCCUUGGGUCAAAGGCUCUAAACGCUGACAUGCAGUGCGCAGGGGCCCACAUCAUGUGCCAUGGAUGGUGGCAGAUGGCAAGGCACAUGGUGCCUGGCUAAAGGGACAGUGGCCCUGGGCUCCAGCCAGCUGAGGCCCUGUGGGGUGUCUGCCACAGAUGCCAGGUCUCAGGGGUUUAUUAAACAGCAGCCGCUGGAAACCUUGUUUUUUGUGGGGGUUUUUUGCUGAGGAAGAUUGCCCUGAGCUAACAUCUGUGCCAGUCUUCCUCUGUUUUGUGUGUGGCUCACCACCACAGCAUGGCCACCAAUGAGUGGUGUACGUCUGUGCCUGGGAGCUGAACCUGGGCCACCGAGCAUGCUGAACUUAACCACUGGCCAUGGGCCGGCACGUAACUCUGUUUUUUAUGUAAGAAGCUCUCUAGUUUUAAAUGUUAAUGUUAACUUGACAGGUUCUGGAAUAUCGUGUGGCCAAAGGAAGUACAGAUGUGACUGCAUUUGGCCUUGGGGCUGCCCGUUUGUCACCUCUGCUGUAGGUGCUUUUAGGUCCUGAGGGAGGGACAUCCAGGCAGGGGCUACAGACUUUCAGAGAUCCCCAUUUUGGGGCCUGGGUGCUCGAAAGGUAUGUCCCGGAACCCACCUCUGGGUUGUGUGAACUGAGUGGUUGAGGUAAUGGGCCAGUGGGAGCCACCCCUCCCCCUGUCUUUCCUUCCACCCCUUUGGGGUUAGCACAGAUCUGCUUGGGGUUCGAGCUUGAGAAUGGGGCGGUCUGAGGCAGGACUCCCCAGCUGCAGCCCUGGUCUGGGAGGCCCCUGUGCCAAGUGUCUGAGUGGGGCUGUGAGGACGCUGUCACAGUGGAAGUGCUUUGGGAGGAGUCUGCCAGAGCUUGUGCGCUGAGGGGUGGUGAUCCUGUGCCACCUGGCUUCGUGGUUCUGGACUGUGCAGCUGGGGAGGGGGUGAGACCUGAGGAGUUCUGGGAGGGGGAGUCACCGUGGAUCCUCUAGCGCGUCCCGGCUCCCUCCCCUGGGUGGGCUGCUGGGCAUGCGGAGGUGAGUCAGUUGUAGCCCUUGCCCUCUGGACGCUUUCAGAAGAUGUGGGGAAGUGAAACCUCAGUUCUGGAGGAGAGGAAAAACCUAGAGGGUGAUUCAGAGGUGCUGUGGACACAAUUUGGAAGGGAGAAGGCACUCCAGAGGGGCACGUGGAUCGUGUGGUGGGGGCAGGAUAACGUAAACAACUGGUCCAGCCAACUUAUCAGGACACGGUGAGGGAUCAGGGUGGAGGGGUUUUAGCACCCCAUUUCGGGGCCAGGAGGGCCUCACUGCUGUUUUCUGAAGAUGAACGUUUGUUCAGGGGAAUAUUGUGGUGGGAAGGAGGGGGCUGGGGAGGUACCAAGUGGGAUCUUCUGUGGAGAGCACUGCGUAAGAGGAAAUCGAUGUGGAAUAGUCUCUCUUGUCCCCAGCAGAUGAACAUUCCUCGGGAACAGCUCUGUGUGGCAUUUCCCUGUGUUCUGACCCCCCAUCUAGUACCGGGCCCACAUUCCUGUGACAAUUGAGUGGGUAAAGGGCCAUCUUCUGGUGCAAGGAGAAGAGCAGCUGAGCAGGAACUGGCUUUGUGGCGAUGGUCCUGUUUGUCUUUGACAGUCUCAUGCCUCCUUCCUGCCAGCCCAGCCUCGUUCUUUCCCUCUGCACAGGAGGGUCUGAGUCUCCAGUACAGCCCCUGUCUGUGCUAGGAGAUGAUGGGGUGGGUAUUGAUGAUAAGAAAAUUGAUCUUCUUGUUAGCCUCAGGGAGCCCCUCUCUGGAUGCUGGAGACAUUUUGAAGACAGCGGGCUCCUUGGUGGGACCGGUCAGGUCAAGUUCCUUUGGAGAGAGGGUGUGAGGGAGAGGUGGCUGGUUCCCAGAUGUUAUAGGCCCCCAUGGACACCAUUUUGGAAGCCAGACUCCAUACUCAGCAGAAGAGCAGCCAGAAUGGCCGGGAGACCAGCCUGUGGUCCUCAGGCUUUGGGAUGAAGCUGGAAGCUGUCACCCCAUUCCUGGGGAAAUAUCGCCCCUUUGUGGGUCGUUGCUGCCAGACCUGCACCCCUAAGAGCUGGGAGUCCCUCUUCCACAGAAGCAUAAUGGAUUUGGGCUUCUGCAAUGCGAUCCUGGUGAAGGAGGAGAACACCAGGUUUCGGGGCUGGCUGGUUCGGAGGCUCUGCUAUUUCUUGUGGUCACUGGAGCAGCACAUACCCCCCUGCCAGGAUGCUCCACAGAAGAUCAUGGAAAGCACUGGGGUGCAAAAUGUCAUCUCAGGGAGGGCCCCAGGAGGGGCUGGGGAGGGCCAGGUGCCCAACCUUGUGAAGAAAGAGGUACAGCGCAUCCUGGGACACAUCCAGGCCCCGCCCUGCCCCUUCCUGCUCAGGCUGUUCAGCUGGGCUCUGCUGCGGUUCCUGAACUGCCUCUUCCUGAACGUGCAGCUCCACAAGGGCCAGAUGAAGAUGGUCCACAAGGCCGCCCAGGCGGGCUCGCCGCUUGUCUUCCUCUCUACCCACAAGUCACUCCUGGACGGGAUUCUGCUGCCCUUCGUGCUGCUCUCCCAGGGCCUGGGCGUGCUCCGUGUGGCUUGGGACCCCCGUGCCUGCUCCCCAAUCCUCAGAGCUCUGCUAAGGAAGCUUGGGGGGCUUUUCCUACCCCCAGAGGCCAACCUCCCCCUGGACAGUUCUGAGGGGGUCCUUGCAAGGGCUGUGAUCCAUGCGGCUAUGGAGCAGCUGCUGGUCAGCAGGCAACCCCUGCUCAUCUUUCUGGAGGAGCUCCCUGGGGCCCAGGGGCCUCGGCUGUCAGCCUUGGGCCAGGCCUGGCUGGGACUGGUGGUGGAGGCGGUCAAGGUGGGCAUCGUCCCAGAUGCUCUCCUGGUGCCAGUGGCCAUCACCUAUGACCUGGUUCCAGAUGCACCACGUUAUGCACACCAUGCCUCAGCCCCACUGGGGCUGUGGACGGGAGCUCUGGCUGUCCUGCGAAGCCUGCGAGGCUGGGGCUGUAGCCACCGGGUCUGUGUCCGUGUGCAGCUGGCCCAGCCCUUCUCCCUGCAGGAAUACACCAUCAAUGCCAGAAGCUGUUGGGGAAGCAGGCAGACCCUGGAGCAGCUGCUGCAGCCCAUCGUGCUGGGCCAGUGUACUGCUGUUCCAGACACUGAGAAGGAACAGGAGUGGACCCCAGUAACUCAGCCUCUUCUGGCCCUCAAGGAAGAGGACCAGUGCCUGAUCAGGAGGCUGAGCUGUCACGUCCUGAAUGCCAGCGUGGCCAGCUCGGCGGUGAUGAGCACGGCCAUCAUGGCAACGCUGCUGCUGUUUAAGCACCCAAAGGGGGUGUUCCUGUCACAGCUCCUGGGGGAGUUCUCCUGGCUGACAGAGGAGACAUUGCUGCGUGGCUUUGAUGUGGGCUUCUCAGGGCAGCUGCGGUGCCUGUUGCAGCACACGCUGAGCCUGCUGCGGGCACACGUGGCUCUGCUGCGUGUCCGCCAGGGGGAUUUGCUGGUGGUUCCACGGCCUGGGCCAGGCCUCAUGGACCUUGCACGCUUGAGUACAGAGCUGCUGCCGGCCUUCCUGAGCGAGGCCGUGGGUGCCUGUGCUGUGCGGGGGCUGCUGGCAGGCAGAGUGCCACCUGAGGGGCCCUGGGAGCUGCAAGGCAUCGAGCUGCUGAGCCAGAAUGAGCUAUACCGCCAGAUCCUGCUGCUGCUGCACUUGCUGCCACAAGACCUGCUGCUGCUGCCGCCUUGCCAGUCUUCCUACUGCUACUGUCAGGAGGUGCUGGACCGUCUCAUCCAGUGUGGGCUCCUGGUUGCUGAGGAGACCCCAGGCUCCCAGCUGGCCUGCGACACAGGGCGACAGCGUUUGAGUGCAAAGCUGCUGUGGAAACCGAGUGGGGACUUUACUGAUAGUGACAGUGAUGACUUCGAGGAGGCGGAGGGCCGGUACUUUAGGCUCAGUCAGCAGUCGCGCUGCCCCGACUUCUUCCUCUUUCUCUGCCGCCUGCUCAGCCCACUGCUCAAGGCCUUCGCCCAGGCUGCCGCCUUCCUCCACCAGGGACAGCUGCCUGAUAGCGAGUCGGGCUACGUGGAGCAGCUGUUCCAGUUCCUGCAGGACACUGCCCAGGAGGAAGGGUUCUUUGAGUGUGCAGACCCAAAUCUUGCCAUCAGUGCUAUCUGGACCUUCAGAGACCUGGGGGUGUUACAGCAGACACAAAGCCCUGCAGGCCCCAUGCUCCACCUGUCUCCCACAUUUGCCAGCCGGGACAAUCAGGAAAAGCUGGAACAGUUCAUUCGGCAGUUCAUUUGUGGCUAGAACUGUGAGGUGGAGCCCGUCCUGAGACUUCUCAGCCCCAGAACACAGCCGUGCCCUGGAGCCAGAAGACAGAGGAGGUUGCAGACCCUUAGCUGGACUAUAAAAUCUUUGAGGUUUGAUUGUCCCUUGCUGUCUUUUGCUUUCUCCAU